AUGGGAGUUCCAUCAGUGACGACAAAUCUGAGCGGAUUUGGUUGUUUCAUCAAUGAGCAUGUAGCCGACGCAAAGAGUUACGGCAUUCAAGUGGUAGAUCGUCGUUUCAAGGGUGCAGAUGAAUCCAUUAACGAGCUCGCUGAUGGUCUAUACGAAUUCACAUGUUUAUCGCGUCGUCAGAGAAUCAUCGUACGCAAUCGCACUGAACGUCUAAGUGAAUUGCUAGAUUGGAAAACCCUGUCCAUGGUGGGUUAUGCAUGCUAA